AUGGGGUUCGAUGGAACAAAGGUGGACCUUAUUGGGGUAAUCAAUUUAUCAGUCACUGCGAUGAAGAGGACACUAAAAGAAAAUUUUAUUCUGAUAGAAAUUCAUCCUUCCUACAAUCUCAUUAUGGGAAGAGGUUGGAUCCACCGAAUGAAUGGAGUCUCAUCUACCCUUUAUCAAGUAAUGCGAUGUUUAUCUCUAGACGAAAAGGAGGUUAUUAGCCUUUGGGGAGAUCAAGUUGCAGCCAAAGAAUGCUACAUGCUGACAUUUAAUGAGGCAAAUAAGCGGAUUAAGCCAUCUAAACCAGAUACGACCCUUAAAGAUAUUGCUAAAUAG